CUUUUCAUCUCAGUCUGUUGUCUUGGAAUCGCUUGCCUGAUACAAUCAACUUUGCAUUCAAUCAUUCCAUCAUGGGCAAGACUGGCAUCCGUACGGCCAAUAAGGUCAGCUUUGACAAGCCGGCCUCUGAGCAGCCUGGCCUGCAUAACAGAUGGCAUCCAGAUAUCCCCUUCUCCGGCACCAUCAAGAAUGGCGAGACAGUCAAGAUUGAAUGCGUAGACUGGACCGGUGGCCAGAUUGGCAACAACGACUCGGCGGACGACAUGCUCAACGUCGACUUGACCAAGAUCCACUACCUCAGCGGUCCGUUUGAGGUCGAGGACGCUCAGCCGGGUGACCUGCUCCUGGUGGAGAUUAUGGACGUCCAGCCGUUUGAGGAUCAGCCUUGGGGUUUUACCGGUGUGUUUGAUAAGAAUAAUGGUGGUGGGUUUUUGGAUGAAUUGUAUCCUACGGCGGCAAAAGCAAUCUGGGACUUUGAAGGAAUCUACUGCACCUCGAGACACAUCCCGGGAGUGAAAUUCGCCGGGCUCAUCCACCCGGGCAUCCUGGGGUGCGCCCCCUCCGCCGAGGUCCUCGACACCUGGAACGCACGAGAGGGCGAGCUCAUCGCGGCCAACAAGCUCGACCGCGACGUCGCGAAGCCGCCGGAGCCGAUCAACGUGCACGCCGGCGCGGCGGACGCGGAGCUCAAGGAGAAGGUCGGUAAGGAGGGGGCCAGGACGAUUCCUGGGCGGCCUGAGCAUGGCGGCAACUGCGAUAUCAAGAAUCUGAGCAGAGGAAGCAAAGUCUACCUCCCCGUCCACGUCCCCGGCGCCAAAUUCAGCGUCGGCGACCUACACUUCUCUCAGGGCGACGGAGAAAUCUCCUUUUGCGGCGCCAUCGAGAUGGCGGGCGUCAUCACGAUAAACUUCAAAGUCAUCAAGAACGGCGUCGCCGACCUGGACCUCAAGUCCCCCAUUUACAUCCCCGGCCCCGUCGAGCCGCAGUUCGGUCCCGGGCGGCACAUUUACUUUGAAGGGUUCUCGGUCGACCAGCACGGGAAGCAGCAUUACAUGGAUGUUACCGUCGCCUAUCGUCAGACGUGUCUUCGCGUCAUUGAAUACCUCCGCCGCUUCGGCUACAGCGACUACCAGGUCUACCUCCUCAUGUCGUGCGCGCCCAUCCAGGGCCACGUCGCGGGCAUCGUCGACAUACCCAACGCGUGCACGACCAUUGGCCUGCCCAUGGACAUUUUCGACUUUGACAUCUCGCCGGGCGCGGGCAAAGUCGAGAAGCGGGACCUGGGCAGCUGCGCUUUCGCGACGGGUGUGAAGGAGGGGACUGUUACCAAGGGCGGGGCGAAUAGUCAGCAUAGCUACGGUGGUGGGUUGACGUAUAAGGAGUGAGGCAAUGAGACUGGGUUUGUGGAAGGUGUGUUGAGUGUGAGAGGUGUCGGCUCUUUUUGAAUUUGAGAUGGAGCUUGUGUGUGUGUUUCUCUUUUCGCUUCUCCUUUACAUUUCCGUCCUGCUGGCUGUCUCGUUGAGCGAUUGAACGAGAGCUGCGAGGUCAAGUUUGAUUGGAGUCGAAUGAGGUUGGGCAAGC